GUUCCACAACUUUCAUUUGUUUUGUCCAAAUGUCUAUCAACGAGAAAUAUAGCACAUCUCCUUGAAGUCAAAAUUUUUUCAGCUGAUUUUAUUAUUAAAAGAACCCUGCUUUACUAGCGAGUAAUGAACACGUAUUUGAUUUGCUCCGAAUUUAUUCGCUAGGAUCUUUGUCAUCACUUUCACUUUUCUAUCGACUUGUUGAAAUAGUGGUUUUAGUGCCGAUCGCUUCAUAGCAGCGCAGUCAUCAUGGAUGACAACAUGUCGACCCUAACGAAAAUGACCCGCACAGUGAAGAAGCUGGAGGUGCCCCGGCCCCUCAAGUCCACCACCAACACUGCCCUCAACCGCAACUCUGUUCUGGAUGUCAAGAUAAACUCUGAUAAGGAAUGGAUCAUACAAAAAGUGGAUGACCUGAUAGCAUUAACUGAGGCAGUGGCCUUCCAAAUGAUGCAGGGCAACUUUGACCGAGCACUCUCCAGCAAUGUAGCAACCAUGUAUGCCAACCUGAAGCUGUACGGCGCUCAGCUCGAGGCCCUCUACAAGGACUUUCUCGAUAGGUACUUCGUGGUGUUCCGCAACGGCUCGCAGGACGAGCGACUGGACAAGAAGACGCGGCUGCACCUGCUGGAGCUGAUCGAGCUGCGCGCCAAGACCUGGCAGGGGUCCGACUACAUGAGCCAGUACUACCGGCAUCGCGGCACCCAUGCUGAGCCGCUCCUAGUCCCCACCAUGGAGGGUCCGGGCGUGGGCGGCACCUCGCCCCCCCUCGCCGCGCCCGCCGACCCGCCCGCCCUUCUGCAGCCCGGCGAGCUCAUCAAGCCCUCGGGCAAGUUCCCCAAGCCCACCAAGAUACCCGGCAAGAACUACUCCAAGGAUGAGGUGGUUAUAAGGAACGCUGACUCUGGGAAAGUGAUGGGUAUCAAGGGCAGGCGGGUUCACAUGAUUGAGGAGCUCAGUGACACCAUUAUAUCGUUUCAGCGAGUGAGUCCCGGCGCUAAAGAGCGACUUGUCCAAAUUACCGGCCCGAAUGAAGAAAAUGUCAACCACGCGAAGCACCUGAUCGGCGACACGAUCCGGCGCAACGCGUCGCCCGUGCGGCUGGAGGGCGCGGCGGAGGGCGGCCGCGGCUCGCGCGCCUCCGACUCCGACCACGACGACGACCAGCCCAGGGAGAAAUCCCCGCACAACAGCGCGCGCGCCCUGCUGCACAGCUUCUCGACCAACGACGCGGCGCUCGGCGAGUACAAGUACACCGUCACCUUCGGGCAGCACUCCGUCAAGAUCACCGGCACCAACCUCGACCUGGUCAAGACGGCCAAGCUAGUGCUCGACGAGUACUUCGAGAGCGUGGGCGCGGUGGAGGCGGGCGCGGGCUCGGGCGACUUCUUCACGCUGUCGCAGCGGCCCGGCGCGGCGCUGCUGCUCGACGACCAGCUCAAUGGAAAUGAUGAUGACGUGUUCGCGCCGAGCAACGACGCUGCGGACGAGGCGCCGCGCCGGCCGCGCUUCUCCCGCGCCACCAGCACCGACAAGGGGCAGGGUGGGUCCGGGCAGCGGCAGGUGUACACGUACGAGACGCUGCUGCAGUACGCGGACUCGCCGCUCAGCAAGCUGCCCCCGCCCGGCCUGGCCGCCUUCCCCGCGGAGCUGGCGCGCAAGAGUUGCCUCGAGUUCGACAGCGCGAGUUACUUGAAGAAGGUGCGCCUGGCCGCGGCGGCCGCGGGCACCAACGUCGCCGAGGACGCCCCUGACUCGCCCGAGCCGGAGUAAGCCCCCCGGCUCCUCGUCCACACGACCGCUACCCGACAUCUCUUCCUUACACAUGUCUUCCAGUUAGAUUCUAUGAUGCAUACGCGUGAGUUUUUAUCUUUUUCUGACCUAUUCUAUGCAUUUUAGUAUCAGAUUUGUUGGUUUUUUAUUUGGUUUAUCUAAAGAUUAUUACAUAGAAGGGUCGUGGCUGUUAGGGUCUGACUAGAAAAGCUGGCGCCACUCUUUACAUAGAUAAUUAUGUAGUAAUUUUUUAUUGUUCCUUUUGUCGGGUCGUGUGGACUCUAAAGCAAUAUAAUAUGCCUUCAUUUUGUAGCUGUAACUUGAAAUGUAUGUUAGUGGAUCAUGUAAAGGCUCCGAACACACUAAUACUGUAUUAGUAAUCAUGGGUUAUGUGAGGACUAAUUUGUGUACAUUUAUAAUCAUAGUGAUUUUAAUACUCAGUUUGUUUUUAAUCAUUUUCAUGUCGACAAACAUGAAAUAAACUUUCACGAUAUAUACCUCAUUGGAAGGUAUGUACGAGUAUCCGUCCAUAACGUCUCGCUAUGAUAAUAACUGUAUACAGAUUCAGCAGAAUUUGCCCAUAUUUACCUUUUACCAUUAUCACGAAGUAAUCUCCUCAUGUAUCUGACAUAUUAGGCACUGAUUUGUAUGAUCUAUUUCUGUAGCAGCUAUAGAUGAUGCCAAGCAAUAAUUAACCUUAGUACGUAGUAUAAUAUAGGUUUCAUACGGCAUCUAAAAUCUAGAUAAUACUGAGUGUAGAGUAUAAUAUUCAGUAAUUAUCUGGAGAAACCAGUUGCGAGACUUGUCUUGCUGGGCGCCGCCGCCGCGCGCGGGGCCGCUCCAGCCCUUGUGAUCGUCUCAUCAUUAUUCAACUAAAUCAUUUUGUAUUAAUGUUAGCUUUUAUAAAUUACUAAAAAGUAUUAGCAACCAAAAUAUUUAUUUUCUUUUUAACUUUGUUAUUUAGAGUCCUCAUUACUUGCUGUGGACGUUAUGAUCGUUAAUUUCUAUAAAAGUUUAUUUUAUGAGUCUGACUAAAUAUGGUCCACAGACCAAUGAUCUCCAGUCGAUAGCUUGCUUCUCCACCUUGCUUCUCCCCUCCAGUAACAGUUGGUCUGAAACCAAAACUGAUGUACGUAAUUACCCAUUCAUAUUACCUAGAAUUUUACGAGUUUAUACUUUCUCUUUUUGUAAAUAAAGACUCUAACGAACCUUUUGUUCGUAUAUCAUAGAGUGAUUCCAUUUAUUAUAAGAAGGAUGCAUGCAUUUCUCUGUGUGUCUGUAUACUCAUUUUCAGACUUUUGUAACUAGUGUCUAGUCGUGACGAGUAGAUUGUGUUGAUUCUCAUUAUAUAUUAAGCUAUUUACUGCAGAGGAAGCCUGCCAUCAGUAAUUUCUUACAUCAAAGAUCGAUUAUUAAAUAGAUCU